AUGGUCAAGCUGCACACAGAGGCGAAGGACAAUGUGAAGUUCUUGUCGACACUGGAGAGACACUUCAAGAUGCUCUCAAUGGCUCCCCUUGUCAACAUCACCGAGUCUCUCCCUUCGCUCUUCAACGGCCUGCGGAUGGUGUGGGUGCUGAGCAGGCACUACAACACCGACGAACGGAUGUCGACGCUGAUGGCUCGGAUAGCCAACGAGAUCUCCAACAGAGUGACAAACGAGAUCGACGUGGAGCAGAUGUUCACGUCGCUCUCUCCCUCCCAGGUGUCAGCCAAGUUGACGGAGGCAAGGCACCUGAUGCAGGGAUGGUACGAGGUCUACAUGAAGACGAGGGACAAGAUUGAGAAGUCCGGGCAGGAGCCUGAGGAGGACAUGAAGCAAGGGAAGCUGUCGGACAAGAACACCAGGAUGAGCGACCGCUGGGAGUUCGACCGGCAGCUCUUGUUUGGCAAGACCAAGUACAUCGAGGGUAUCCUGCAGGAUCUGCAACUCGUGUCGGAUACGAUCGACCAGUUCAUCGUCUUCUUCGGUCCGCAGCUCAAGAAGGUUAUUGGAGAUUCUCAGAGUAUCGACAAGAUGCUCGAGCGGGUCAACGCCAUGCUGACUCCGUACCUGCACGUCGAGUUCGAGAUCUUCGACCCGGCCCACAAGGCCCGGUGGGACACGCUCACAAAGAACUUCUCCGCGGAGGUCCAGGACAUCGAAGACGAGACUAGCAAGCUGAUCAACUCGAGCUUCGCGGAGCUCCGUUCGACGGAGGGUGCACUGCAGCUGCUGCUUCACUUCAAGUCCAUCAGGAGCAGGAAGGCGAUCACAGCAGUUGUGGAGGACAAACUCAGCGAGAUCCUCGUCCAGUUCUCCCGAGAAGUGACGCAAGUGCACGAGACUUUCAAGGCCAACUGCGAUCAUCCUCCUGUGCCCAAGAAUCAGCCGCCCGUGUCAGGGGCCAUCAUGUGGUCCAAGGGACUCUUCAUCCGGGUGAAGAAGACGAUGCUGCAGUUCCAGUCCUACUGCCAGAUGACCGAGUCAGAGCAAGGGAACGCGACGAUACGCCAGUACAUCGAUCUGGGCAAGACGCUGAGAAACUAUGAGAAUGAGCUGCACAGUAACUGGAAGGCCAAGUCUGAAGCCGAGGCAAACGAGCUCCUGAGGUGUCUCAUACUGCGGAAGGACGAGGAUGGUGAGAUGCAGGUCAACUUUCCCAACGAGCUCUUGACCCUCAUGAGGGAGGCCAAGUGCCUUGACAAGAUGGGAUACUCCGUGGGCGAGACGGUCAUGAACAUCGCGUUGCGAGAAGCCAAGUACUUGCAGCUCGUGCAGAACUUGAAGCAGAUGAUCGCAAACUAUCAGCACGCGCUCUCAAGCCUCGACCCGAGCUUACGGGAGCUCUGUGCCCACAACGCUGAGAGCCUCAAGUCUGGGAUGAGCCUGGGCUUCACGGCCCUGAACUGGAUCUCACUGGGGAUCAAUGACUUCAUCGACAAGACCAACAAGAAGAUUUCAAUCUUCGUCACCUUCGCUCGCGCCAUCGACAAGAACGCCGCGACCAUCGCCGACAUCGUCUCGGAGAUCCAGCGGGGGAAGCUGAUCCCCUCGACCGAGGCCCUGUUCGGGGAGGAGACUGAGGGCCUGGACCUGCAGGAAGUCUUCUCGCGCCUUGAAAAUCACCGAUCAGAGGUAGUGAACCACCUUGUCAGCCAGCACGCGCAGAUCACUCCGCUCCUCUGCAAGAUAGAGGAAGUGGCUGUCGGGACCAACACGGGCCGGUCGUCAGGCAUGACGAGCUACUACAGGUACUGGGAGAAACGAAUCUACGACGCUAUCGUACACCUCGUCCUCGACGGAGUUGCUGACUUUGCUAGCUACCUUGGGAUGACGGCGGGGAAGGAGGGGGUCAGGCCGUUGAUCCGGGCGACGGCGAGGGCGACGCCGCAGAUCGUCUACACGCCCUCCAUGCUGGAUAUACAGAAGAUGAUCACAAAGAUCCUUAAGGUGAUCCUCGAGACUACUGCCCGCAGCUUCAUCCGAUGGAUGGAUGGAACCUGCCUGCCCUGCCCCUCUCAGAUCGUUCACGGACAUGACGAGCCGGUCGUCUUCAGCUUCUACGAUGAUGUUCAGGCGCACCCGCACUGCGUCAAGGCAAUCCUCUCAAUGCAGACGAGGGUCACCAAGACAGGCCUGUCGCUAGAGAAGGCGAGCUCGCGGUAUGCGAGAUACAUGUCUCUGUGGAAUGAAGAACGACACAGCAUCGUAGAGAAGUUCAUCAAGACAAAGUCGCGCACUUCAAUCGAGUUCGACGAGAGGAUCAAGCACUACAACAACGUAAUGCGCGACCUCGGAUUCUUUCCUCCCUCCGUCACCGUUGACUUCUUGCACGUAAAUAUGACUGCUGCCCACUCAGACAUUCGCAACGAGGCGCAAGCUUGGAUCACAAUAAUAGGGAAGUUCUUGUUUGACGAUGCCAAUUCAAAGCUCAACACUGUCCUUGAGAAGAUUUCCAACAUACGAUAUGAUCUUGCAACAGCCCCAGACACUCUGGACAACUUCAAGCAUCUGUUGCAAGUCAUUCAGGAGACAACUGAAUCCAGCACUGAGAUAGAAGCUGUCUGCAUCGACUUGCAGGAGAAGUUUGACAUCCUUAAUUUCUAUCGCAUCCAAGUGGACGCAAAGUCCUCGCAGGAGGCGCUAGAAAUCAAGGGCAAGUGGCUGGACGUCGUGAGGGAGGCGAGGCAGAAGUCGCACGAGGUGUCAAAGAUCAAGAAGCAGUUUGCCUUCACCACCAAUCAAGAAUGCGAAACUUUCAUCGGAGAGUGCGACGCCUUUCUCAAGCGGCUCAACGAGGAGGGCCCAGCUGCACCAGACAUCGACCUGGACUAUGCCGUCGACCUUGCGAGCGCCUACGCGGUGGAGAUGAAGGAGAUGACGAAGAGGAAGGAAGGAAUCUCCAUGGCCAUGAAGCUCUUCGGCCUCGAGGCUGCAACUUUCACCAGCCUUGCCAAGGCCACAGAACUUCUUGCUUGCCUGCAGGAGAUUGUCAGCGUCUACUCGGACUUCAGGGAGUCCUGCAGGAACUGGUCCGGCGCUCUCUUCUUCCAGGAGCUCGACAUCGAGGCUCUCAACAGCGGCGUCGCGGCCUAUCUCGUCAAGCACAGAAAGAUCUCCAAGAACGCUCAGCGGCUGCAGCUCUACGAAAAGCUUGGAAGUGCCAUCGUCGCUUUCCAGAAGUCUCUCCCACUCAUCUCCGAGCUCAAGUCCGAGGCGAUGCGGCCGAGACACUGGAAGAAGCUGCUGCCCUCCAUCGAGAUUAACCCCAACACCUUCACGCUGCAGGAGCUGUUCGCUCUCAACCUGUCGGAGCAGGCAGAGAGAGUGACGGAGAUCGUGACGGAGGCGCAGAAGGAAGUGGCGAUCGAGAAGGGGCUGGAAGAGAUCGAGACCAACUGGAAGAGCCAGGGCCUUGACCUGUUCAAGUACGAGAGAGAUGGGCAGGAUCGCGGGUACUGUCUCAAGGGAACCGACGAGAUCACUCUGCUCCUCGACGACAACCUGAUGAACAUCGCCUCCAUGUCAGCGUCCAAGUUCUGCGGCCCCUUCAUCGAUCAGAUCCGGCUGUGGGAGAAGCGCUUGUCACUCAUCGGAGAGACGCUGGAAGCCUGGCUCAUCGUGCAGAGGAAGUGGCAGUACCUGGAGGGAAUCUUCGUGGGAUCCGACGACAUUCGCAUGCAGCUGCCCGAGGCCGCCAAGAGGUUCGAGAAGAUCGACCAGGCCUGGUCGAAGAUCAUGCAGGAGACUCACAAGGAGAGGAACGUGGUCAAGGCGUGCUGUGUGGAUGGAAGGCUUGAGUUGCUACGCCAGCUGGCCAACGACCUUGAUUGGUGCCAGAAGAGCCUAUCGGACUUCCUUGACUCCAAGAGGAACUCGUUCCCGAGGUUCUUCUUCAUCUCUGACGAUGAGAUGCUGUCGGUGUUGGGGUCGUCAGACGUCACGGCUAUCCAAGAGCACUGCCUCAAGAUCUUUGACAACUGCGCGAGUCUGAUCUUCGCCCGUCAGAACAAGGUGGUAGUGGGUAUGAUCUCUUCGGAGGGCGAGAACCUGAACUUCAGGACGGCCGUUGCGACUGAGGGAGCCGUUGAGAACUGGAUGACCAACGUCCUGGCAGAGAUGCGAGCUUCGCUACAUUCCAUCAUGAAGGAAGGAAUCUUCAACUACCCCAAGACCUCUCGCCUCCGAUGGAUCGAAGAGAACCUGGGCAUGACGGUCAACGGCGGGAGUCAGCUCUGGUGGACCUGGCAGGUGGAGGACGGUUUCCGCAAGGUGAAGCAAGGAGAGAAGCAUGCGAUCAAGGUUCUCAACCAGCUGCUGACCAAGCAGCUCAACGACCUGGUGGCAGAGAUGAGGAAGGACCUGAGCAAGCAGCAGCGAAAGAAAGUCAACACGCUCGUCAUCAUCGACGUUCAUGCACGGGACAUCAUCGACGGCUUCGUUCGUGACUCGAUCCUGGACGAGAGGGAGUUUGCCUGGGAGUCUCAGCUGAGAUACUACUGGGUCAGAGCUGACGAUGAGCUCUUUGUGCGGCAGUGUACGUUCUCCACGCCUUUCGGUUAUGAGUACAUGGGGCUCAACGGUCGCCUCGUCAUCACCCCGCUCACGGAUCGAUGCUACAUGACGCUUACGCAGGCCUUGAGCUUCCGGCUGGGUGGAGCCCCGGCAGGCCCGGCCGGGACGGGCAAGACGGAGACGGUGAAGGAUCUGGCAAAGGCAAUCUCCCUGUACUGCGUGGUGUUCAACUGCGGGGAUGGGCUGGACUACAAGGCGAUGGGAAGCAUCUUCUCCGGGCUGGUGCAGUGCGGGGCCUGGGGAUGCUUCGACGAGUUCAACAGGAUCGAGGCUCCGGUGCUGUCCGUGGUGUCAGCGCAGCUCAAGACAAUCCAGACGGCGAUGAUCGCGAACGCGAAGAUGUUUCACUUCGAGGGACGGGAGAUCUCCCUUGACGAUUCUUGCGGGUUCUUCAUCACUAUGAACCCUGGCUACGCUGGCAGGACGGAGCUGCCGGACAACCUUAAGGCGCUCUUCAGGCCGAUGACGAUGAUUGUGCCGGAUCUGAACAUCAUCUGUGAGAACAUGCUGCUGUCUGAGGGGUUCGACCUGGCUCGAAUCCUAGCCAAGAAGAUGGUGACGCUCUACGCGCUGGCUAAGGAGCAGCUCUCGCGGCAGUACCACUAUGACUGGGGCUUGCGAGCGUUGAAGAGCGUGCUAGUGAUGGCGGGUUCGCUGAAGAGAGGGUCGCCAGACCUGCCGGAGGACGUGGUGCUCAUGAGAGCGCUGAGAGACAUGAACAGCCCCAAGUUCGUCUUCGAGGACGUCCCCCUCUUCCUGGGUCUACUCGCCGAUCUCUUCCCCGGGCUCGACUGUCCACGGGUGGGAUACCCCGAGUUCAACGCGGCCGUCGUGGGUGUCAUCCGCAAGGAGAAGUACAUCGAGAUCUCCUGGCAGGUGGACAAGGUGGUCCAGCUCUACGAAACCAUGCUGACAAGGCACACGACGAUGAUCGUCGGGCCGACGGGAGGAGGGAAGUCGGUGGUCCUCAACACCCUCUGCCAUGCGCAGACAAACCUGGGCAGGACGACGAAGCUGACGGUGAUCAACCCCAAGGCGAUUCCUCUGUCUGAGCUCUACGGGGUGAUGGACCCUGUCACCCGAGACUGGACGGACGGUCUGCUGAGCAAUAUCUUUAGGGAGAUGAACAAGCCUCUGCCCGAGGGCAAAGACGAGAGGAGGUACAUCUGCUACGACGGUGACGUGGACGCGCUGUGGGUGGAGAACAUGAACUCAGUGAUGGAUGACAACAAGCUCCUCACCCUCCCCAAUGGCGAGCGCAUCCGCCUCCAGCCCUUCGCCUCCAUGCUCUUCGAGGUGGGAGACUUGCAGUAUGCUUCCCCCGCCACCGUGAGCCGGUGCGGCAUGGUGUGGGUGGACCCGAAGAACCUCGGGUUCGAUCCCUACUUCAAGCGAUGGCUCGGAUCCGUCGAGAGCCCGGAGAGGGCUAAGACGCUAGACCAGUUGUACAGCAAGUACGUGCCUCAGCUGAACGAGUGGGUCAUGCUGGGACUUAUCUUCGGCGAGUACGAGCCGAGGCCGAAGCUCGUUCUUCCUCUCACCAACUUGAACCUCGUCGUGGCCCUCUGCUUCAUGCUUUCCGCCCUCUUGCAGGAGGCGGAAGACCCCGAGGCCAAGGAGCUGGAGGCAAUCUUCGUCGCGUGCUUGACCUGGUCCCUCGGCUCUGCCCUGCACGAGGACAGCAGGAAACGCUUCGACGCUCAUCUCAAGAAGCUCUCGGGCAUGAGCGGGUCUGACCAGCCGUCGGUCAGCAUUUCGAGCCUUCCAGGAGCCUCCAAGUCGACUGUUUUCGACUACAUGUACGACCCCAAGAUGCGCGGCUGGUCCUCGUGGAGCAGCCUUGUGCAGGAGUUCAGCCCGGCGCCUGGUCAGGCCUUCUACCAGAUCCUCAUCCCGACCGCAGACACGGUGAGGAGCACAUGGCUGGUUGACACGUGCGUCAAGAUCUCCCGGCCCUCCAUCUUCGUCGGAGAGUCGGGGACCUCCAAGACGGUGACGCUGCAGCACUACCUCAAGAACCUCAGCCCUGAGACGAACAACCUCCUCAACAUCUCCUUCUCCUCGCGGACCUCAGGGAAAGACUUGCAGGUAAGCAUCGAGAGCAACAUCGAGAAGCGUCUCAAGGGAACGUUCGGCCCUCCCGCGGGCAAGAAGCUCAUCAUCUUCAUCGAUGACGUCAACAUGCCCCUUGUGGACACCUACGGGACGCAGCAGCCUGUCACUCUGCUGAAGCUCUUCAUAGAGAAGCAGGGGCUGUACGACAGAGAAGAGCUUGUUUGGAAGCACGUCAUAGAUACGCACUGCCUUGCUGCCUGCGGCCCUCCAGGAGGAGCUCGAAACCCCAUGGAUCCUCGAUUCGUCUCUCUCUUCACCGUCUUCAACAUCUCGUUCCCCUCGGAUGAAUCCAUCAUCCGAAUCUUCUCCACCAUCCUCGACAACCACUUCCAGCCUUUCUCUGCCUCCAAGGACGGCGAAUUCUUCAAAACCUGCGGAAAGACGUUUUCAGAAUCAACGCUCAAGUUGUACAAGACUGUCGUCGCCAACAUGCCUCCCACCCCAACUCGCUUCCAUUACGUCUUCAACCUCCGUGACCUGUCCAGGAUCUGCGAAGGACUCUGCACGGCUACCACAGACGCGAUUCUUGAUGGAGUUGGAAUCUGUAGACUAUGGAGGAACGAAUGCCUGCGAGUCUUUCACGAUCGUCUCAUCUCACAAGAGGACAAGGACUGGUUCAUCGAGCAGUUGAAGCAGACCAUGAAGCAGCAGCUCCAGAACUACAUGGACGGAGCGAUGGCGGGGGAAGUCAUCUUCGGCGACUUCAGGAACGCCCUGCGGGUGAUAGAUGGAGAGGCGGAGGCUCGAGUGAACGAGGACCUGGGAAGCUACGACAACGUGAAGACGAUCUUCGACGAGCUGCUGGAGCGAUACAACGAGACCAACAAGGUGAUGGAUCUUGUGCUCUUCGAUGAUGCCCUUGACCAUCUCUGCCGCCUCCAUCGGCUCCUGCGGCUGCCACGAGGGAACGCGCUGCUCGUGGGAGUUGGGGGUUCAGGGAAACAAUCCCUCACCAGGCUCGCGGCGUACGCGGCACAGUGCAAGAUCUUUCAGAUCACAUUGACAAGGACGUACGGGGAAGAGGAGUUCCGAGAGGACCUGCGAACGAUGUAUAGUAUGCUCAAGACAGAAGCCGUCGUCUUCCUCUUCACCGAUCAACACGUGGCGGACGAGAGCUUUCUCGAGCUCAUCAACAACCUCCUGACCAUGGGCAUGGUCCCAGCGCUGUAUGCAGAGGACGAGCGCGAGGGGAUCAUCAACUCGAUGAGGAGGGAGGUGAAGGAGAAAGGCCUGCCGGACAGCAAAGACUCGUGCUGGAACUAUUUCGUCGAGUCCUCGAGAGACAACCUCCACAUCGUCCUCGCCAUGUCUCCUGUCGGCGAAGACCUGCGGCGACGCUGCCGUAACUUCCCUGGCAUGAUCAACAACGCCGUGAUCGACUGGUUCCAGCCAUGGCCGUCCGAGGCGCUCCAGUCAGUCGCCAACAGGUUCCUUGCUCAGGUCGAGCUGCCGGAAGAGAGCAGGCAGAACGUCACUCUGCACAUGAUGGCAGUGCAUCACUCCGUGCUGGAAGCCAGCAGCGAGUUCGAGACGCAGCUGCGCCGACACAACUACGUGACGCCCAAGAACUACCUCAACUUCAUCAACGCCUACAAGCACCAGCUGGCGGAGAGCCGGUCCAGGAAUACGGAGAUGGUGACCAGGCUGGACGGAGGGCUGAAGAAGCUGAUCCAGGCGGCUGCUGACGUGGCAGUGAUGAAGGAGGAGCUGGCAAAGCAGACGGUGGUGGUGGAGCAAAAGACGAGAGACUGUAGCGAGUUGCUGCAGACCAUCUCGGUGAACACCAAGGAAGCCACGGAGAAACAAGCGAUAGCGGGCGAGCAGGAGGAGAUCCUGGGCGUGCAGUCUGUUGAGAUCGCGCAGCAGAAGGCGACAGCAGAGGAGAAGCUGGGAGCUGCCUUGCCCGCACUCGAAGAAGCAGCACAGGCGCUCAACGACCUGGACAAGAAGGACAUCGACGAGAUCAAGUCGUUUGCAAAGCCGCACGUGCUGGUGCAAGGAGUGGCUGAAUGUGUCGCCAUCCUCAAGAAGGUUCCUGACACGAGCUGGAAAGGAGCCAAGGCCAUGAUGUCUGACGGUCGCUUCCUCCGCUCGCUGCUGGAGUUUGACAAGGACUCGAUGACGGACAAGCAGAUCUCGCAGGUUCAGAAGUAUAUGAAGGACCCCAAGUUCAACCCGACGGAGCUGAAGAACAUCUCUACAGCAGGAGCUGGAUUGUUGAAGUGGGUGUACGCCAUGGUGAACUACUACAACGUAGCCAAGGAGAUCAACCCUAUGCGCAAUGCCGUCAGGAAAGCUGAAACAGAGCUUGCCAAGGCGCAGAAGGAUCUGUCAAAGGUGAAGAACGAGCUUGCAGACCUCAGCCAGACGCUCGAGGGGCUGAGAGAUGACCUAGAGAAGGCAACGAUAGAGAAGGAGCGACUCAAGGAGGCUGCAGACACCAUGGCACGUCAGCUUGCAGCGGCGGAGAAGCUGAUCAACGGGCUCGGCUCGGAGCAGACGAGGUGGAAGGCAGACAUGGAGGAUCUGAACCAAAAGAGAAUCAACUUGGUCGGCGACUGCCUCAUCACCUCCUCCUUCCUCUCCUACCUCGGAGCCUUCUCCUUCGACUUCCGUCAGAGGCUGAUCACCUCCAAGUGGCAAGCUGACCAAGUAGACAAGAAGCUACCACUGAGCGACCCGUUCUCCCUCCAGUACCUGCUGACCUCUGACGUUGAGAUUAUCCAGUGGGCCUCCGAAGGCCUGCCGUCCGACGACCUCUCGGUGCAGAAUGGCAUCCUGUGCACCAGAGCCUCCUCGUUCCCCUUGUGUAUCGAUCCUCAGAUGCAGGCCGUUGCCUGGAUCAAGAAGAGAGAAGGGAAGGACCUGAUAGGAAGGAUCAAGACCUUCAACGACGGCGACUUCCUGAAGCAUCUCGAGAUGGCCGUCAACUUUGGUUUUCCCUUCCUCUUUGAGAACCUCGACGAGUACAUCGACCCGGUGGUCAACCCGGUGCUCGAGAAGAACAUCACAACCAACGGAAACCGAAAGUUUGUGAAGCUCGGGGACAAGGAGAUCGACUGGGACCCCUCCUUCCGCCUCUACAUGACCACUAAACUCUCCAACCCUCACUACACCCCUGAGGUGUUCGGUAAGGCCAGCAUCAUCAACUUCACCGUCACCUUGGAAGGACUGAAGGAACAGCUUCUGAAUGUCGUGGUGGGACAUGAACGUCCGGAUCUCGAGGCGCAAAGGCUGGAGCUGGUGGAGGAGGUCAGCAAAAACAAGGCCACGCAGAAGAAGCUGGAAGACACGCUUCUGAGGGAACUUGCGUCCUCGUCGGGCAACAUUCUCGACAACGCAGAGCUAAUAUCAACCCUUGACUCGUGUAAGACUUCCGCCACGGAGAUCGGGUUGAAACUCGAGCAAGCAAGGCAAACGACAGAGGAGAUUGGAGUAGCUCGAAGCAAAUAUCUGACAGCUGCCAAGCGCGGCUCAAUCCUCUUCUUCUCACUCUCCGGCCUCUCGUCACUGAACCCCAUGUAUGAGACUUCGCUCUCGUCCUUCCUCGGAGUCUUCGUCACCGCCCUCGAGAGGUCAAAGAAAGAUUCGGAUCUCAAUGCUCGGCUGGCAAACAUCAUCAAGACGUUGACUCAGCAGUUCUAUGACUACGUCUGCUACGGAUUGUUCGAGACGCACAAACUAAUGUUCUCUUUCAAUAUGACUGUCAAGAUAUUGGCAGGCGAUGAGAACAUGGACGAGAAGCUUUUGGACUUCUUCCUUCGUGGAAACACAUCUCUCAGUGAAGCAGCUGUCCAAAAACCCUUUUCUUGGAUCCCCCAGCAAGGCUGGAAAGAUUUGCUGCAACUGACCACCUUGAGACCUAAGUUCGCCAGCAUGGUCAACUUGGUCACAAAGAACGAGCAGACGUGGAAAACUUGGUAUGACCUGGAGGACCCGGAGAACCACAACAUCGACAUGCUUGACAAGGAAGACUUGAACGGCUUCGAGAAGAGCUGCAUCGUCAAAUGCUUCCGUGCCGACAGAAUACAAAAUUGCGUGCAGAAGUUUGUCAUCGAGAACUUGGGGGAGGGAUACGUCCAGCCUCCUGUGCUCAACUACAAGCAGGUGCUCGCACAGUCCAGCCCCAAGACUCCCGUCGUCUUCGUGCUGUCCCCGGGAGCCGAUCCGGCCUACAGCAUCUUCGAGCUUGCGGAGACGGAGGGCAUGGCUCCUCCUAAGCUCAAGUACGUCUCCCUCGGGCAGGGACAAGGGCCCAUCGCAGCAAACCUGCUGGAGACAGGAGCCAACAGAGGCUUCUGGGUGCUGCUCCAGAACUGUCAUCUCCUGCCCAAGUGGCUCAAAACGCUCGAGAAGAUCCUGGAGAAGCUCUUCGAGAAGCCACACAAGGACUUCAGGCUCUGGUUGACCACCGACCCCACCGACGCCUUCCCGCUCGGUAUCCUGCAGCAGUCGUUCAAGGUGGUGACAGAGCCGCCCAACGGGCUGAAGUUGAACCUCCGAAGCACUUGGAGUAAGAUCACCGAAGACUCCCUCGCCUCCUGUCCCAACCCGGCGUUCCGCCCUCUCAUUUACGUUCUUGCUUUCCUGCACGCUGUUGUGCAGGAGAGAAGGAAGUUCGGCAAGCUGGGAUGGAAUGUGCCCUAUGACUUCAAUGAGUCGGAUUUCCGCGUCUGCUUUUCUCUCCUCAACACCUACCUCACCAAACAAAUAGAAAACGGUGAUGAGCAAAUACCAUGGAACACUCUUCGAUACCUGGUGGGAGAAGUCCACUACGGAGGCAGAGUCACCGACAGCUACGACAGAAGAAUACUGACGACUUACAUGCAAGAGUUCUUCGGAGACUUUCUCUUUGACAUCACGCAGAAGUUCUUCUUCUACCAGGAUAGCAAAGUGCAGUAUGGGAUGCCGGACUCUGACAGUGACAGGGACCAAUAUGCUGCCUUCAUCGAGGCUCUUCCCUUGCUGUCGGGCCCGGAGGUUUUCGGGCUUCACUCAAACGCUGAGAUCGACUACCUGAACAAGGCCAGUGCAAACAUCUUGUCCAACCUCAUAGAGCUGCAGCCUCGGACGUCGGCAGGGAGCGAAGGAGCCACACGAGAGGAGGUCGUGGGCGCUGUCGCAAACGACAUCGUGUCAAAGAUCCCUGAGCUGUUCGACAUGCCGAAGCUGAGGAAGACAUUGCCAUCACCGUCUCCUACACAAGUAGUUCUGCUGCAAGAGCUCGAUCACUGGAAUCGCUUGCUGCGCACCAUGAGCUCCUCGUUGAAGACGCUCCUUCGCGCUCUGUCCGGGGAGGUUGGCAUGUCAUCCACGUUGGAAGAGCUCUCGACCGCCUUGUUCAACGGCGUUCUCCCUGGCUCCUGGAGCAAGCUCACUCCUCAGACCGAGAAAUCCCUGGGCGAGUGGGUUGAGAUGUUCUUGAGGCGUCAGGAUCAGUACGCUGAAUGGGCUGCGGAGGGACAAGACCCGCUGGUCAUGUGGCUCUCGGGGCUUCACAUCCCCGCCACCUACCUCGCCGCUGUUGUUCAGACGACCUGCCGUAUGAAGAAGUGGGCGCUAGACAAGAGCACGCUCUACACCAAAGUCACUCAGAUGAUGAGCCCCACUGAGGUGGGAAGUCGUCUAGAGUUCGGAUGCUACGUGCAAGGCUUGUACCUGCAGGGAGCCUCCUGGGAUCUGAAGGAGAGCAGGUUGGUAAGGCAGCUGCCGAAAACUCUCGUGCAGCCGCUUCCCAUCCUCCAAGUCAUCCCUGUCGAGGCGCAUCGCGUGAAGCUGCAGGGGAUGCUCAAGACUCCAGUCUACGUCACUUCACUUCGAAGGAACGCCAUGGGCGUCGGGCUGGUUUUCGAAGCGAAUCUGGACACUAAUCAUCAUGUUUCGCACUGGAUUCUUCAAGGUGUGGCAUUGACCCUGGAGUAG